CGGGGCAUCUGCCAGCCUGGCCGAACAGGCCCGUCUCGCCGAGGGUCAUCGUUUGGCCUUAGAGACGGAGGUUCGUCAGCUGGAGAUGCGCGAACGUCAUCUGGGCGAGGAGGUGCGGCAGGCUGAGCGCGAAUUGGCCAAAGCCACCGGCGCAAUGAAGCAGUCGGAGUCCGCACAUGAUGCCCAACGACGUCAACUCACUGGCCGAAUUGACCAGCUUUCCAAGCAGCUGAAUAAACUGAAGAUUGCGGAUGAGGCCGCGGGUGGAGAUGAGAGUGCAAUGGGAGAGAGGUAUAACCAGGUCACUCGUACCCUGCGUGACCUCCAAGCCAAAAAUGACGAGUUUGCGCGGAAAUUUAAUCAGCUUACCGUCGAAUAUGCUGAUCCGGAACCUAAUUUUGACCGACGACGAGUCCUUGGGAUUGUGGCCAAGUUGUUUGAUCUCACGGACCCCAAGUACGCCACGGCUAUCGAAGUAGCUGCCGGGGGAAAGGUAUGUCAGUCGACUCGUUUUUCGCGUUUCCGUUCUUUUGUUAGGGACCUGAGAGUAAAUUCUGCCUUAGUCGAGUUGUUUCCUUAUCUGCUCUGA